AAAGAAGAAAAAAAAAAAAAAAGACAGUUCCUCAUAAAGCCCUCGUUGUUCUCCUCACAUUUCACAGUCUUUUCAUUUCUCCUCCCUUCCUUCAUCCAUCCGUUGAUACAUCUCGUCCAAAAAAUCAUGGUUGGUUAUAAUAUUCUUCAUCAAAGGCAGCCUCUGAAAAAAGAUCAUAAAUUCUUAACCAGCUUUCAUGACCAAAUCUCUGUUAUUGAUUAUCAGAAACAAAAUUCUGAUGAAAAACAUUGCAGUUUCUUCAAUCAUGCAUUGGACGACGAUGAUGAUGAGGAUGAGGAUAUCGAUGACGAUGAAGGUGUUACAAACGAACCUCAAGACGUAGCUGAACGAACAAUUUUCUGGGAAUCACAAGAAUCCUUGCUUCAGGAAAUAUUGGAGCGCUACAUGUCAAGUUGUGCAAAUUUUAGAAAAGAAAUUUGCAGACAUGUCGACAUGGCAAGAGACACUCAUUUUUGUGAUUGCCAAAAUCCUAAACUCACCGGCUGCUCCAACUGCCUACGACGAAGAUUAGUCAAUCAACUAUGCAACAAAGGAUUCAAUGCAAAACUAUGUACAUCAAGAUGGAGGAGAUCACCCAAAAUACCAGGAGGGAUGCAUGAAUACAUUGAAGUGAUUGCAAGCACAGAAGGAAGAAAGAAGCAGAUUCCAUUAUUGAUAGAAAUAGGAUUCCAGGAUGAAUUUAUGAUGGCAAAAGCAUGCGAUGAGUAUUAUGCAUUGAUAAAUCAACUGCCAAAGAUAUAUAUAGGAAAACCCGAACAUUUGAAUGCGAUAAUUCAUGUAGUUUGUGAUGCAGCCAAGAGAUCGACUACAGAGAAAAAAGUUCAUAUGGGUCCAUGGAGAAAGAGAAGCUUCAUGCAAAAGAAAUGGUCAGCUUCUAAUGAAAAAUCAAAGCAAAGAGAGAUGAAUACUGGAAAGUCACUUAAAACAUCUUUGGAAGUUGUUUAGUAUACUAGACUAAAAGAGCAUCCCAACAAGCUCGAUCUUACACGAGAUGGAGAUUUACCAGCUAAGGUUUUUCGAAUCUUCAUCCAAAUUUUGUUAAAGAGUGUGGUAGAUACAAGGCGGAAGAUGAAGGGAUCCUUGUUGAGACGUUAAUAAAAUCAAUUCCAAUAUUCCUGUGGGUCUCUUGUUUCCUUUUUAAGCGUGUUAUAUUGUACUAGAAAUAUCAAAAAACAAGUAUGUAGUGUGCUACCAGCAUGUACUCUAGAUUACAGAUUAUUAUUAUUAUUAUUAAUGUAAAACAUAUCGACCUUUGCCGGUUUUAAUUUAAAUGAGAAUGUACUAUAUGAGAGAACUA